GUUCGCAUGUGGCCCCCUACCCUUCCCUCCCCCCUCCUGGGGGGAUUCGGAGAUCUGGUGCCCGCCUCGCCUGGCCGCGGGGGGGAAGCCGCAGCCCGCCGCCCCGAUGCCCGUGGUGACCCCGCCCGUGGACGUGGUGACAGUGCCUGGGCAGCUGGUGAUCACCGAAUAUUUUGGCAAUGCGGCCACGAAAGACCCGCGGCUGUCCGUGGCCCACGUCAGGUGGCUCGCCGCAGGCGAGGAGGACCGACUGGCAGACGCCCGAAUUUGACGAGUGGGUGCUGAUAAUAUCCGGCGAGGUGCGCCUCGAGCACGCCGGCGGGCCCACGCUGGUGAGCGGCGGCUCCGGCGUGUUCCUGCCGGCGGGCCUGCGCGUGAAGUGGGUCUUCCCUGGCCCCUGUGAGUACAUCCCGGUGUGCCUCCCCGCCUUCUCCCCGGACAACGUGCACCGCGAGGAGCCAGGUUGCGCGCCAGGUGCCGAGGCCGCCGCCGCGACCGCCGAGGGGGUGCCCGCCGUCUUCUCGCCCGUGGACGUCGUGAAGGCCGGCGACCUCUCGAUCACCGAGUUCUUCGGGCGGGUGGCGAGCAAGGACGAGCGCCUCUCGGCCUGCCUGGCCGUUGUCACCGGGCCCUGCGCCGAGGCCUACCAGGCGCCCGCGUUCGACGAGUACGUUCUGGUCCUGAAGGGCAGGCUGCAGCUGCACCAGGCGGACGGCGUCACCGAGGUGGAGCCGGGGCGGGCCGUGCUCCUGAAGGCCGGGGAGCGCGUCAAGUGGGUGUGGCCAGGAGAUCGGGGGUGCACCUACAUCCCCAUCUGCCUGCCGGCGUUCUCCCCGGACAACUGCCACAGGGAGCAGGAGGAGGGCGCGGCCAAGGAUGAGGCGUGCAUGGCCCGUCUGCACGAGCUCCACGGCGCCGCAGGCGCGCCAGAAUUGGUGCAGGCUGCGUGACCGCCGUGCGGUUGGGGCACCUCCUGGCUGGAGGGGAGCUGCUGCCCGUUGGGCGCUUCCCUCCCUCCACGCCCCCCUGAGUCGGAUGCUCCUCUCCCUGCUCGCCCUCCUGAUAGUCGGGGCGGGGCCUCUCCUCCCCUCAUAGCUGGCACCUGCGGUCCACCGCCCGCCUCCCUGGGGGCGCUGGUGCGCCCGGCGGCUUCUUGUGGCGGCCCGCCGUUUUUCGCCGCCCCCCGCCUGGGCGCGGGGGGCAUUUUUCACAAACCCCACAAGGGGUGCUGCCCCGUGCCUCUCGACGUGGCCUGACGCUUCAAUACCGCUCGAGUGCACGGCGCUCGAUGCAGCUGGGCAGCUCCGUCGCUUCACGAGUGCGCCACCGUGCUUGUCAUCGUGCCGCCGUGUCCGCUCCCCCUCCCCUCCAA